AUGUACCAGAAGGACAACCUGGAAAUGAAGAUGAAGAACCACAAACCAUGCUAUAUUUCCUGGUUCAAACAAGUUGUUUCCAUACUGCCAGCAGAGAAGAUUAAGACUGAAUUGAAGGCAUUGGCUAAGGGGAAGGGGAAGGGACAACAUUCUCCAUCACCAUCUGUCACAGCUUCAAUUUCACAUAUACCAUGGAUCAUUGACAAUGACCAGAAGGGUCACAAGACAAAUCAUCACUUCAUCAUGCAGUCAUGUUUGGAGCUACUUAUACUCCAUCAGCACUCCUAUCAUUUACUGGUUUUCCAGUCUCUUAGAGUUACUCUGCAUCCUGAGGGACCUUUUGGAGUGCAAGUGUUUGCAACCUAUCUGAAGAUAUAUCUCAAAGGCAUUCAGAUUGGCCUGUGGAAAGGGAAUGGGUAUCCAAAGAACUUCGAAAUAUCUGGGACUGUACUCCAGGGCAACUCCAUAACCCAAUCUGUUGAGGGUUGCUGA